AUGGGGCUGCCGCUAGCCCGACUGGUGGCCCUCUGCUUGGCCCUGACCUGGGCCAAGGGCACGGAGUCCCGGAGAGAAGGCAGAACCCGGAACCACGGCCACAGCGUGUGCAGCACCUGGGGCGACUCCUACUACAAGACCUUCGACGGCGAUGUCUUCCGCUUCCCCGGCCUGUGCGACUACAACUUCGCCUCCGACUGCCGGGACGCCUACAAGGAGUUCGCUGUGCAUCUGAAACGGGGCCCCGGCCGCAGCGGGGGCCACCCGCAGAUCGAGUACAUCCUGCUGACCGUCAAGGACGACACCAUUUACCUCACCCCGCAGCUCGCUGUGGUGAACGGGGCCAUGGUCAUCACCCCGCACUACAGCUCCGGGCUGCUCAUCGAGAAGAGUGACGCCUACACCAAGGUCUACUCCCGCGCCGGCCUCGCGCUCAUGUGGGACCGGGAGGACUCGCUCAUGCUGGAGCUGGACAGUAAGUUCCAGAACCACACGUGUGGCCUCUGCGGGGACUACAACGGCCUGCAGACCUACUCUGAGUUCCUCUCCGAUGGCGUGGUCUUCAGCCCCAUCGAGUUUGGGAACCUGCAGAAGAUCAACAAGCCCGAGGUGGUGUGUGAAGACCCGGAGGAGGUGCCGGCCUCCGAGUCCUGCUCUGAGCACCGCGCCGAGUGCGAGAGCCUGCUGACGGGCACGGCCUUCGAGGACUGCCAGGGCCUGGUGCCGCUGCAGCCAUACGUGCAGGCCUGCGUGCAGGACCGCUGCCAGUGCGCGCAGGGUGGCUCCUGCGUCUGCAGCACCGUCGCCGAGUUCUCCCGCCAGUGCUCCCAUGCAGGCGGGCGGCCCGGGAACUGGAGGACAGCCACGCUCUGCGCUAAGAGCUGCCCCGGGAACAUGGUGUACCUGGAGAGCGGCUCGCCCUGCGUGGACACCUGCUCGCACCUGGAGGUCAGCAGCCUGUGUGAGGAGCACCGCAUGGACGGCUGUUUCUGCCCGGAAGGCACUGUGUACGACGACAUCGCGGGUGGCGGCUGCAUCCCCGUGAGCCAGUGCCACUGUAAACUUCACGGGCGCCUGUACAAGCCCGGAGAGCAGAUCACCAGCCACUGCGAGCAGUGUGAAUGCGACGCUGGUCGCUGGGUGUGCACUGACCUGCAGUGUCCCGGGACCUGUGCCCUGGAGGGCGGCGCCCACAUCAGCACGUUCGACGGCAGGAAGUACACCUUCCACGGGGACUGUUACUAUGUGCUGAGCAAGGACGCCCACAACGACUCCUACGCCGUCCUGGGCGAGCUGACGUCCUGCGGCUCCACUGACAAGCAGACCUGCCUGAAGACGGUGGUGCUGCUGGCCGACAGCAAGAAGAAUGUGGUGGCCUUCAAGUCGGACGGCAGCGUCCUGCUGAACGAGCUGCAGGUGAACCUGCCCCACGUGACGGCCAGCUUCUCCAUCUUCCAACCGUCCUCCCACCACCUGCUGGUGAGCACGGCCUUCGGCCUCAGGCUGCAGGUGCAGCUGCUGCCGGUCAUGCAGCUCUUCCUGACGCUGGACCCGGCCGCCCAGGGGCACGUGCAGGGCCUCUGCGGGAACUUCAACGGCCUUGAGGGUGACGACUUCCAGACGGCGGGCGGGCUGGUGGAGGCCACGGGCGCCGGCUUCGCCAACACCUGGAAGGCCCAGUCCAGCUGCCAGGACAAGGUGGACUGGCUGGACGACCCCUGCUCCCUCAGCAUCGAGAGCGCCAACUAUGCUGAGCACUGGUGCUCCCUGUUGAAGAAGACAGAGGCCCCGUUCGGCAGGUGCCACUCUGCCGUGGACCCGGCCGAAUAUUACAAGAGGUGCAAAUACGACACGUGCAACUGCCAGAGCUCGGAGGACUGCAUGUGUGCCGCCCUGUCCUCCUACGCCCACGCCUGUGCCGCCAAGGGCGUCCUGCUGUGGGGCUGGCGGGAGGGCGUCUGCAACAAGGACGUGGGCUCCUGCCCCACCUCCCAGCUCUUCUUGUACAACCUGACCACCUGCCAGCGGACCUGCCGCUCGCUCUCGGAAUCCGACACCCGCUGCCUCAAGGGCUUCCUGCCCGUGGACGGCUGCGGCUGCCCGGACCAAGCCUUCCUGGACGAGAAGGGCCGCUGCGUGCCCCUGGCCAAGUGCUCCUGCUACCACCGCGGCCUCUACCUGGAGGCGGGGGAGGUGGUCCUGAGACAGGAGGAGCGAUGCGUUUGCCAGAACGGGAGGCUGCUCUGCAAGCAGGUCCGGUUGAUCGACCAGAACUGUAUGGCUCCAAAGAUCCACGUGGACUGCAACAACCUGACCGCGCUGGCCAUCCGGAACCCCAGAGCCGCCAGCUGCCAGACGCUGGCCGCCGGCUCAUACCAGACGGAGUGCAUCAGCGGCUGCGUGUGCCCCGAGGGGCUGCUUGAUGACGGGCAGGGUGGCUGUGUGGUGGAGGAGCAGUGCCCCUGUGUGCACAACAGUGACGUGUACCCCCCCAGGGCCAAGAUCAGGGUGGACUGCAACACCUGCACCUGCCAGAAAGGGCGUUGGGCGUGCACCCAGUCCGUGUGCCACGGCACGUGUGCCGUCUACGGGAACGGCCACUACAUCACCUUCGACGGGAAGUAUUAUGACUUUGACGGACACUGCUCCUACGUGGCAGUCCAGGACUACUGUGGCCAGAACUCCUCGCUGGGCUCCUUCAGCAUUGUCACCGAGAACGUGCCCUGCGGCACCACGGGCGUCACCUGCUCGAAGUCCAUCAAGAUCUUCCUGGGGAGGACGGAGCUGAAGCUGGAGGACAGACACUGCACAGUGAUCCCGCUGGACGUGGGCCACCACGUGGCCUACACCACGCGGGAGGUGGGCCAGUACCUGGUGGUGGAGGCCAGCACUGGCGUCAUCGUCAUCUGGGACAAGAGGACCACCAUCUUCAUCAAGCUGGCUCCCUCCUACAAGGGCACCGUGUGCGGCUUGUGCGGGAACUUCGACCAGCGGUCCAGCAACGACUUCACCACGCGGGACCGCAUGGUGGUGGAGAGCGAGCUGGACUUCGGGAACAGCUGGAAGGAGGCCUCCACCUGCCCGGACGUGAGCAGCACCCCCGAGCCGUGCACCCUGAACUGGCACCGCCGCUCCUGGGCUGAGAAGCAGUGCAGCAUCAUCAAGAGCUGGGUCUUCAGGACCUGCCACAGCAAGGUGGACCCCAAGCCCUUCUACGAGGCCUGCGUCCACGACUCGUGCUCCUGCGACACCGGCGGGGACUGUGAGUGCUUCUGCUCCGCCGUGGCCUCCUACGCCCAGGAGUGCACCAAGGAGGGGGCCUGCGUGACCUGGAGGACGCCGGAGCUGUGCCCCGUCUUCUGUGACUACUACAACCCCCCGCACGAGUGUGAGUGGCACUACGAGCCGUGCGGGAACCGCAGCUUCGAGACCUGCAGGAGCCUCAGCGGCAUCCACUCCAACAUCUCCGUGUCCUACCUGGAGGGCUGCUACCCCCGGUGCCCCAAGAACAGGCCCAUCUAUGACGAGGACCUGAAGAAGUGUGUCAGAGGGGACGAAUGCGGCUGCUACAUCGAGGACAUUCGCUACCGACCGGGAGUGUCCGUGCCCACGGAGAAGCCCUGCCGGUCUUGUGAGUGUACCAAGUCCUCGAAAGUUGUCUGCCGGCUGGAAGAAGGGAAGAUUCUCAACUACACCGAGAUCGGCCCUCUGUGCUACUGGGAGUUGUGUGGCCCCAACGGGACGAUAGAGAAGCACUUGAACAUCUGCAGGUCCACCACGCCACCCUCAUCUCCCUCAACAUCUACCACCACCCGUUUCACCACCAGCACCACCACCAUCACCCCUGUCACCACCACCAGCACCACCCCCUCCACGGCCACCAGCACCACCCCCUCCACCACCUCCAGCCCAGGGUGUUGCUGCUGGUCGGACUGGAUCAACGGGCAUCACCCCAGCGGCAGCAGUGACGAUGGAGACUGGGAGACAUUCGACCACGUCUGCAUGGCCCCCCAGGACAUCGAGUGCCGGUCAGCCACGGAACCCCAACUCAGCUGGGGGGAGCUGGGCCAGGAGGCACAGUGCAAUGUCUCCUUUGGGUUCAUUUGCAAGAAUGAAGACCAGUUUGGAAAGGGACCUUUUGCAGUCUGCUAUGACUACGAGAUCCGAGUCUAUUGCUGCGAGGAAACGGACGGGGGUCCAUGCACCCCGACCACCACCAUGACGCCAACCCCAACACCGACCAUCAGCAGAACCUCCACAGGGACUCCUAGUCCGACACCCAAUACCACCUCCACAGUGACCCCAACCCCAACACUCACCACCUCAACAGAGCAUCCAACUUCGACCUCCACCACCACGGAGACCACAACCCCCACCACAACCACCACCACAGAGUCCACAACUCCAACACCCACCAUCAGCACCACCUCCACAGGGACUCCUACUCCGACACCCACCACCACCUCCACAGUGAGCCAAAACCAAACACUCACCACCUCAACAGAGCCUCCAACUUCGACCUCCACCACCACGGAGACCACAACCCCCACCACAACCACCACCACAGAGUCCACAACUCCAACACCCACCAUCAGCACCACCUCCACAGGGACUCCUACUCCGACACCCACCACCACCUCCACAGUGACCCCAACCCCAACACUCACCACCACAACAGAGCCUCCAACUUCGACCUCCACCACCACGGAGACCACAUCCCCCACCACAACCACCACCACGGAGUCCACAACUCCUACACCCACCAGCAGCACCACCUCCACAGGGACUCCUACUCCGACACCCACCACCACCUCCACAGUGACCCCAACCCCAACACUCACCACCUCAACAGAGCCUCCAACUUCGAAGUCCACCACCACGGAGACCACAACCCCCACCACAACCACCACCACGGAGUCCACAACUCCUACACCCACCAUCAGCACCACCUCUACAGGGACUCCUACUCCGACACCCACCACCACCUCCACAGUGACCCAAAACCAAACACUCACCACCUCAACAGAGCCUCCAACUUCGACCUCCACCACCACGGAGACCACAACCCCCACCACAACCACCACCACGGAGUCCACAAGUCCAACACCCACCAUCAGCACCACCUCCACAGGGACUCCUACUCCGACACCCACCACCACCUCCACAGUGACCCCAACCCCAACACUCACCACGUCAACAGAGCCUCCAACUUCGACCUCCACCACCACGGAGACCACAACCCCCAGCACAACCACCACCACGGAGUCCACAACUCCAACACCCACCAUCAGCACCACCUCCACAGGGACUCCUACUCCAACAGCCACCACAAGUUCCACAGUGACCUCAACCCCAACACUCACCACCACAACAGAGCCUCCAACUUCGACCUCCACCAGCACUGGGACCACAACCCCCAGCACAGCCAUGAUCAUGGAGUCCACAACUGCAUCGACUAUCUUAGGCACCACCUCUACAGGGACUCCUACUCCGACAUCCACCAACACCUCCACAGUGACCGCAAGCUCAACACUCACCACCACAACAGAGCCUCCAACUUCGAAGUCCACCACCACGGAGACCACAACCCCCACCACAACCACCACCACGGAGUCCACAACUCCUACACCCACCAUCAGCACCACCUCCACAGGGACUGCUACUCUGAAACCCACCACCACCUCCACAGUGACCCCAACCCCAACACUCACCACCACAACAGAGCCUCCAAGUUCGACCGCCACCACCACGGAGACCACAACUCCCAGCACGACCACCAGCACGGAGACCACAACCCCCAGCACUACCAUCACUACGGAGACCACAACCCCCAGCACAACCACCACCACGGAGACCACAACCCCCAGCACGACCACCAGCACUGAGACCACAACCCCCAACACGACCACCACCACGGAGACCACAACCCCCAGCACGACCACCAGCACGGAGACCACAACCCCCGGCACGACCACCAGCACGGAGACCACCACCCCCGGCACAAGCACCAGCACGGAGACCACAACCCCCAGCACGACCACCAGCACUGAGACCACAACCCCCAACACGAUCACCACCAUGGAGACCACAACCCCCAGCACGACCACCAACACGGGGACCACAACCCCCAGCAUGACCACCAGCACGGAGACCACAACCCCCAGCACUACCAUCACUACGGAGACCACAACCCCCAGCACCACCACCACCACGGAGACCACAACCCCCAGCACGACCACCAGCACUGAGACCACAACCCCCAGCACGACCACCACCACGGAGACCACAACCCCCAGCACAAGCACCAGCACGGAGACCACAACCCCCGGCACGACCACCAGCACGGAGACCACCACCGCCAGGACAAGCACCAGCACGGAGACCACAACCCCCAGCACGACCACCACCACGGAGACCACAACCCCCAGCACGACCACCACCACGGAGACAACAACCCCCAGCACGACAACCAACACGGGAACCACAACCCCCAGCACGACCAGCAGCACGGAGACCACAACCCCAACACCCACCAGCAGCACCACCUCCACAGGGACUCCUACUCCGACACCCACCACCACCUCCACAGUGACCCCAACCCCAACACUCACCACCUCAACAGAGCCUCCAAGUUCGACCUCCAACAGCACAGAGACCACAACCCACAGCACGACCACCACCACAGAGACCACAACCCCCAGCACUACCACCACCACGGAGACCACAACCCCCAGCACAACCACCACCACGGAGACCACAACCCCCAGCACGAUCACCACCACGGAGACCACAACCCCCAGCACGACCACCAACACGGGGACCACAACCCCCAGCACGACCACCACCACGGAGACCACAACCCCCAGCACUACCAUCACUACGGAGACCACAACCCCCAGCACAACCACCACCACGGAGACCACAACCCCCAGCACGACCACCACCAUGGAGACCACAACCCCCAGCACCACCACCACCACGGAGACCCCAACCCCAACACUCACCACCUCAACAGAGCCUCCAACUUCGACCUCCACCACCACCGAGUCGUCAACCCCCAGCACCACCACCACCACGGAGACCACAACCCCCAGCACGACCACCAGCACGGAGACCACAACCCCCGGCACGACCACCAGCACGGAGACCACCACCCCCAGCACAAGCACCAGCACGGAGACCACAACCCCCAGCACGCCCAGCACCACGGAGACCACAACCCCCAGCACGACCACCAACACGGGGACCACAACCCCCAGCAUGACCAGCAGCACGGAGACCACAACCCCAACACCCACCAGCAGCACCACCUCCACAGGGACUCCUACUCCGACACCCACCACCACCUCCACAGUGACCCCAACCCCAACACUCACCACCUCAACACAGACUGCAACUUCUACCUCCACCACCACCGAGACGAGAACCCCGCGCAGUACCAUCACCGUGGAGACCAUAUCCCCCAGCUCGACCACCACCACAGGGACCUCAACGACCAGCACGACCACCCCUACGCAGACCCCGAUUAUGUCCUCCCACAGCACCACCAUAACCGGCCCAGUUGUCAGCACCAUAGUGCCAUGCUGCGAGUUGAAUGGAGAAUACCUCAUCCCAGGCGAAGUGAGAUACAACGUUACCGAAGGAGGCAUGUGCCAUUACGCGUACUGCUUGAAGUCUUGCGAACUCGAGUUCCUCAACUUUUCGUGCCCGUCAACACCGUCUACAACGCUCAGCCCACCCACCACCACCACCACGGCCCCAUCAUCCACAGCAUCAAGUGUGUCGACCACCCUGACCCGCGGGUGCCUGGACUUCAACCCUCCCAGGAAGGAGAACGAGACCUGGUGGCUGUGUAACUGCACGAUGGCCGUCUGCAAGCACGACAGCACCGUGGAGCUGGUGGAGGUGGAGUGCGACCCCCCCCCGAUGCCCACCUGCUCCAACGGCCUCACGCCCGUGCGCGUCAAGGACCCGGACGGGUGCUGCUGGCACUGGGAGUGCGACUGCUACUGCACCGGCUGGGGGGACCCGCACUACGUCACCUUCGACGGGCUGUACUACAGCCACCAGGGUGCGUGCACGUACGUGCUGGUGGAGGAGGCCGUGCCCACCGUGGACGGCUUCGGGGUCUACGUCGACAACUACCACUGCGACCCCCGCGACCGGGUGUCCUGCCCCCGCACGCUCAUCGUGCGCCACGAGACGCAGGAGGUGCGGCUCGAGACCGUGCAGAUGGCGCCCAUGACGGUGCAGGUGCAGGUGAACAGGCAGGCCGUGGCGCUGCCCUACAAGAAGUACGGGCUGCAGGUGUACGAGUCGGGCAUCAACCUCGUGGUGGCCAUCCCCGAGCUGGGCGCCCUCGUCUCCUACAACGGCCUCGCCUUCUCCAUCCGGCUGCCCUACCGCCUGUUCGGGAACAACACAAAGGGCCAGUGUGGCACGUGCACCAACACCACCGUGGACGACUGCGUGCUGCCCAGCGGGGAGGUCGUCGACAACUGUGAGGUGGCGGCUGACCAGUGGGCGGUGAACGACCCCUCCAAGCCGCAAUGUCCCCACACCAGCUUCACCACCCAGCGCCCGGCCACCUCGCCGUCUGCGGGCAGCACUGCCGGGAGCAAGGCCUGCGCGUCUCCUCUCUGCGAGCUCAUCAAGGACAGCCUGUUCGCACAGUGCCACGCCCUGGUGCCCCCGCAGCACUACUACGACGCCUGCGUGUUCGACAGCUGCUUGGUGACCGACUCGGGCCUGGAGUGUGCCAGCCUGCAGACCUACGCCGCCCUGUGUGCCCAGGAGGGCAUCUGUGUCGACUGGCGGAACCACACCCGCGGGGCCUGCCCGGUGAAGUGCCCGGCUCAUCGGGAGUACCGGGCCUGUGGUCCCGCAGAAGAGCCCACCUGUCAGUCCAGCCCUUCCCAGGAGAACAGCACCCAGCUGGUGGAAGGCUGCUUCUGUCCCGAGGGCACGGUGAACUUCGCCCCCGGCUUCGACGUCUGCGUGGACUCGUGUGGCUGCGUGGGGCCCGACAACGUGCCCAGAGAGUUUGGGGAGCACUUCCAGUUCGACUGCAAGGACUGCAUCUGCCUGGAGGGGGGCAGCGGCAUCAGCUGUCAGCCCAGGGCGUGCAGCCAGGACCCCCGCCCCGAGUGCGGGGAGGACGGCACCUACCUGGUCACCGAGGUGGACCCCACCUAUCCCUGCUGCAGCAUCACCUCCUGCAAGUGCAACGCCAGCCUGUGCAGGGAGAAGCCCCUGCUGUGCCCGCUGGGGUUUGAAGUGAAGAGAGAGAUGGUCCCCGGGAGAUGCUGCCCCUUGCACUCGUGUGUGCCCAAGGGCGUGUGUGUCGUGGAGAACGCUGAGUACCAGCCCGGUUCUCCAGUCUAUUCCUCCAAGUGCCAGAAUUGCGUGUGCACCACCAGCAGGGACAGCGCCACGCAGCUCAACACCAUCUCCUGCAGCCAUGUGCCCUGCAACACCUCCUGCAACCCCGGCUUCGAGCUGGUGGACGUCCCCGGGGAGUGCUGCAAGAAGUGUCAGCAGACGCACUGCAUCAUCGAGCAGCCCAGCGACCAGCACCUCGUUCUGAAGCCCGGUGACAUGAAGAAUGACCCCCUGGACAACUGUACCCUCUUCAGCUGCGUGAAGUUACACAACCAGCUCAUCUCGUCCGUCUCCAAGAUCACCUGCCCCGACUUUGAUCCCAGCACCUGCCUCCCGGGCUCCAUCAGUCUCAUGUCCAAUGGCUGCUGUAGGAAGUGCAUCCCUCGCAAUGAGACUGGGGUCCCCUGCUCCAUGGUCUCCGUCAUCAGGGAGAUUUCCCACAACGGCUGCACCAAGUUGGUCAGCAUGAACGAUUGCUCCGGGUCCUGCGGGACCUUUGCCAUGUACUCAGCCCAGGCCCAGGCCCUGGACCACAGAUGCUCCUGCUGCAAGGAGCAGCGCACCAGCCAGCGGCAGGUGGCGCUGCAGUGCCCGGGCGGUGGCACCCUCAGCCACACCUACACCCACAUUGAGAGCUGUGGGUGCCAGGACACCACGUGCGAGCUCCUGUCCCCCCGGGACAGGGCCCGGCGCUCCAUCCCCAGGGUGCUGGCCCCAGGGAGGAGGACCCAUGGUGAUGGGGCAGCUAUCGCAUCAGAGAUCACGCCUGCCUGCCGGGUGGCAGUUGUCGUGGGCUGGACUGUGUUGCCCAAGUUCGUAUGCGGGAGUCCUGAGCCCACACCCCACACCCCAGAAUGUGACUGUGUUUGGAGAAAGUGCCUGCCCUGUCCCGGCCAGAAGCGCUUCCCGGGCCCCGAGCUCCCGUUGUUCCCGGUGCUGACCGCCAGGCCCACAAGCACCUUCCACAGUCUUUCUGCCACUUGGCUGGAGAAUGGGGUCAUGGCUCCCUGCAACCAAGCCACCGUCCCCACACCAUCAGCGGUGCUGCCCCUCUGCCGUCUGGGCCCUCUGGCGCCUGCCCACCCAACACUGCUGAACUGGCCCCUCGACCCUCUGCUGGAAGAUGGAGGCCCCGGCACCGGGAACUUGCAGAGGUGGCUUUGCCAGGGUGGCUCCAGCCGCUGCCAGAAGCCCGUGGGUGCCUGUGGCACAGGGAGGCCCAUGUCCCUGCACCAACAAUCUUACAUAGGAACCCCCGCCUGUGAGAUUCACGCUUGUGGUGAGUGUCAGACGCUCACGCUCAUUACCGAGUGGUGCUGCAAGCAGGCUCGCCGCAGCUCCGUGCGCACCCUGCUGUCAGCUGUGUGGAUGCGGACUGCUGCUCGGGACGCCGGCUGGCAACGUAGCCGGUCCCUGUGUGGCAGCCACGGUUACAGGACGAGCAAGAGGAGGCCUGUCCCCCGAAUCUCAGUGAGCUCCAAAGGGCUGGGACCUCUCCAGCCCCAGGAGGGCCUCGUGGGCACCGUGGAAGGAACAAGCAAGUGGCGGACCCUCACCAUUGGUGUCGGGACCCAGCAGGGACCCCAGAUGACGGCCCCUCGGGACCCUUGA